AUGAAGAACGCGCUUGCUCGCUUUGGAGACCGGGGUGGGGGCUCGCACGUUUCUUUGACUGUGAAAAAUGGCAAUUGUGUUACACCGACUGUGGAAGCGGCAGCGACGGUCUACACUCAGUUGCUAGCCGCCUGGCGUGAAAGGUGCGUCGCGCUCAUGGUACAGGCGCGAGCGAGCGAGCUUGCUCACGAGGCUAAUUCUCACGAAUACCGGCAACGAGAGGCUCGGAUUUGUGAAGAACUUGCAAAUUGUGAAGAAAAGCUGGAAGUGUGGCAGCAGCGCGCUGCCGAUUUUGAGGCUCAGCGAGACUUGGAGGUUGUAGCAGCCCGUCAAGCGGAAGACCGGCGAGUCCAGGCCGCUGCGAAGGCAGUACAGGCAGUGCGAAGCUUGGCUCAGGAGCGUGAAAGUCUGCAGCAUUUGUCCCAAACUGUGGUUCGAUUUACAGGGGGUCUGGUUCGUGAUAAAGUGGAGCAACUCCAUAGCAGUUCGUCAAGAUUAGAAGCUCUAGAGCGGAGGCUCCUGUUCGCGAAAGAGCGGAUUGAGCUGGCAGCUACUCUGGUAAAACACCGAGAAGUGCGGCUGCGCAAUAGCGAAGCUGCUAUGGAAGCUGAGCGACGAGUGUGGGCGCAUCAGCUGGAGCAGAUGCGCAACGGAGCGCUGCAAAACGACGAGUCAAAGCAGGAGAACAAUGGAGACAGUGCGAAUGUAGCGGCACCUUCGAAUACUAAUGGGAAGAUUUUGAGGCCGGCGACGGAGACGGCUCUGCGGGCCCUUUUUCACCGUCUAGACGCCUAUGAUACUGGUCUGGUACGCUCGCAGACGCUGCUUCAAGCCCUACGACGAGGCGAUCCAGGAGUGCUGAGUGCCGUGGGAGGCCCCAAGAGGUUGUCGAAGCUUGUGUCUCAUGUGGAGACCGCCCUCCGGAAGUUGUCACUCGGCGGUGAUGCAACGUCUACUAUCACAUGGGGUGAAUUUCUGCUGUUUUUCAUCCCUGAAAGCUCCGUGACGUUGCUUGAUCACGUCGAUGGUCCGUGUGCCUUAUGCACUGCAGUUAGAACAAACGACCUGCCAGCUUUACCACUCUCCCUCCCCCGGAGGGCUUUGGAAACGCUUAGUCACGCAGAACUGGUGCAACAGAAUGCAGCUUUGCUGGCCGAUCGGGAGCGUCUUCGGCGAAUAGUGGCGCGCGAUGCGCAUGACCUUCGAGAUCAACUGCGGGCUAUUCGUCGAGAGUGGGAAGCCAAGACUGGUGAACUCGUUUACCAAAAAGACAGGCUUCAGCGCGAGCUCAGCGAGAGGGAAGUGGGGCUUCAAUCCACGCAAAAGCGUUGCGACGAGAUUGAAGCGUCCCGUGACGAAGCUCUGUUGGAGAUCCAGAGACUGCGCGAUCAGCUUUCUUCGCAGAAGCAAGAGUUCCAGCAACGUAAACAGAAGCUAGAGGCUAAGCAUGCUGAGCGGCUACAGCACGAACAGGAAAUCUGGCAGGCGGAGAUCCAAGACGCUCGGUUGGCCCAUUCUCUGCUUCAGAGCGACCACAGCAAGCAGCAGGUCUGCAUCCGACAGCUCGAACGAGACUUAUCCCGGCAGAAGGAAGCGCUGCUCGCUCACGAAACGGAGCGUGUGGCAAAUCUCGAGGACAAAGUGCGCAGGCGUGAGGCGGAAUUGACACGGCUGAGGCGUGAACGAAACACUAUCCUUAGCUCCCUCCGUGAACAGGAGCAAAAGCUGGCCGUGGCGACCAAACCGGUCGAGCCUACGCCUACAGAGUCCACGGGUACGCAGACAGAAGAUGCACGGCCAGCGAAACAGAGCACAGUGGCGACGCAGACAACUGUGAUAUCGACAGCUACAGGCGAUCGCAAGCAAGGGCGGGAUGAAGGUCGCGGUGGUAGGAUGAGCAUCAACGAAAUCUCGGCCCCGAACUCUAUAGAUGAGCAGCACGAGGUCCAGCAUGUCAAGCCUCCGCCUCGUUCAACUGGCGUUGCAGUGACUCGCAUCUCUCCUGAGGAUGUAAAUAUGAGGCUGCAGAAGUUGCAAUCGCUCACUGAAAGCUUGCUCGCGGACUAG